UAGUUUCUGUUUUGGAAGAACAAAUUUCACACAAACCCAGACAAUUCAGGAGAAAGCACGACCCUUUCCAAACCUGCCAGCCUCAUUGUCAUAGAUUCUUUCUUUUUUAAUCAAAGUGUCCAUCCUUCAGAAGCUCAGCUGUCACUCAGAGAAACUGCAAACAGGCAUACAUCAAAAAACAAAUGGAGUGUGUCUUUACCAUCAUCAGAAAACCUGCAAAAAGCCAAAACAAUACCCCACGGGACCUUUUCUUUGUAGGCAGACCCCACAGGCAGUGUCUGAGGUCCAUUGUCAUACACCAGACAACUCUUCUACAGCCAUGGUCCAUCUCAAAUGCCUGUCCAGCCACAGGCUUGGGGCUGAGUGGCUUCACAAACCUGUUAAAAUCUUGCCCCUCUCUACCGACCUCAGCUGGAGAGGAACAGCUCUGGAGUCAGUAGCUCUGAUGUGUCAAACCACUUCCUACACACGACGGCGUGCUCCGCCACGCUGAGCCUUGCAUUUGAUUUCCUGGAUAAAACCUACUAAUACCUGAACAGAGAACAGCUUUUCUUCUCUCUUGCGAAGCCAGCCAGUGAAACGACAAUUUGCAGACCAAAGAGCAAAGUCCUUGCUGCGCACGCAGGGUGAUGCUCCCCACCGGUCUAACCAGGCAGUAGACAUCUCCUUGGCUUGGUCGGCACCAGCCCAUCGCUUCUGAGAAACUUCACCAUCCUCGGUGUUGCAGGGAAAAGAUGUGAAUGAGUCCCAUGGAGCUCAAGUGCCUUUUGAUGUGGCUCUUGUUUGGAUCCAUCAAGGGGAACAAGACAGGUAAAAGACCACUUAAAAAAAGCACCUCUGAAGAUAUCUAGGAUACUUAAAGACAAUGAAGAGGAAUAAUGGCAACUGGUAUCUUGAAAUGUCCAUGUUCUGGCACGGCGCCUCCCAGUGUGAAGACUGCCACAAGAAACCCAGAAGAAGAAUGCCCAGCUCUUCCAUGGACCAAAUUUGCUGUUUCUGCUGAAAUGUAUCCACUGGGGACCAAGCUGUAUUAUGAAUGUGACAGUGGCUACACAAGAAGAAGUGGCCAGUACCCAGGAAUUCAGUGUAAAGAGAAACAGGGGCUCGCCUCUUGGGUCUACAAGGAAUUUGAAUGCAUUGUUUCUCCCACAGAUGAGAAAAAAUUGUUGUCAAUGUCUCCCACAAUGGAGAUAGAUUUUACACAGAAGCCGGAAAGAAAAACACAGAGCCCUGCACCCCAGAAGCAAGAAAACCUGUCAGAGUUUGGUCAGAAAGAUUUUUGUGGUCCUCCCAAGACUAUUCCACAUGCAUCUUUAAGCCUGAAAGGACAAUAUUAUGUGGGGCAAGUACUGCAUUUCAAAUGCCAGAGAAGUUACGAUAAGCAAACCCCCACCUCUGGCACCAGCACGUGCAUGAAGGUGAAUGGUGAAAUUACCUGGACGCCCCUUGCCAUGCAAUGCACCAAUGACAGCAGCUAUAGCGACGAGUCUCUUCCGCAGACUAUUGAGCCAGAUCCAUCUGUUUCCCUGUGGUGCCCAGUUCAAAGUGAUCCAGGUUCGCCUCAUCCAUCCUGUUCCUCACCUGUGAUGCUGCCAGUGACAGCUAUCGUUUUUGUUCUGCUUAUCAUUCCUACUGUUUUUGUGUGACUCACCAAGCAGAGAAUACGAGAAGAAUUCUCAGGGAAUUGCAGCGUUUGGAUCCAAGCUCUUGAAAUCAAUGCCUUGCCACAGAAGAAAUCAGAUUGUACCAGAAACUCCAAGACCGGUGGUGGCAAAAGAGGAGGAAGCCUGGAGCCUCAAAUCCAAUGUGUGAAACAGGCCAAAAAUGUUACCAUUUAAUUCUUAUGGGGACAGAGUGACUUUCCACCUACAGAGCGUGGGUGGAGGGAGUGCACCUCAUCCUUGACAGACAGGGAAAGAGCCCUGCCUGAAACUGCUUCCCAGAAACGCUUCUCCUCCUCCUCCUACCAUAUAGCAGAUGUAUUGCUAUUAGAAUAUAUCUGCAGCCUCUCCCAAGCGACCAGGCGUACACAUGGACCGCUCACCCAAGCAUGUUUAGAUUACAGCACCGUCAUUACAGCCCACACACCACCUUUCCACAACGAGAGAUGCUGGACACCUGAUGUCCCCCUUCCCUACCCAGACAGGUCAAACCCAGUCACGUACAUUUGUCAUCACUACUACACGAUUCCUCAAGCUCAGAGAAGGAUGCUGCAGAUUGUGACAGUUGAUUAUUUUGACAGCUCUUUUCAUAGCUGCAGAGCAUCAAAGAACGUGCCACAAAGGCAUUUGAGGAUGGACUCAAGCAUCCACAGUACUUGGCAUGUAUUAUUGGGAAUUUGUGGAGUUUGAAUAGUCUUUGGCCUCUUUUUUUUGCCACAUUCAGCCUGGUAGGUUGGGGUUCAUCUGACAAGAUGCAAGCAUCUAUGUCCGACAAUAGGAAGGAACAAGUCCCUUCAGAGAGCAGUUCUUCUCACCCUAUUGCCUAUAUAUAUGUGCAUAUUUAUUUAUUUAUGCCACAUAUAUAUUUAUAUACAGGUCAAAUGACUCAUGGUUUGAAGCCACUUGUUUCUCUACAUUGACUCUAAAUCGUGCCCAGAUUGACCAGACUAGCUAUAGAUGCUUACAUGGCUAAAAGCAAAACAAGAUUAAUCCCUUCCUUGUAAUUCAGGAGGCAUGAGAUCCUAGUAACGUUUUCUAUUUUAUGAUAGAGUAUACGUGUCAUUGAUUUACUGGCGCGUGUUCCUGUUGAGUUAUUCUCACUCCGUACCCUUGAUAUUUAUAUUUUCCACGGCUUUUUUUAUUCCUGUUGGAAUAGGACAUACUUGUACUAUGUAUCUUUAUAAAGAUGGAAAUGUAAUGGUCUCUUAGAUGCUGUUAUUUUGUAUGGGAGCAAACAACAACCUGUAUUUACACGACAGAUGACAGGUUUUCACACCUGUCAGCUACUCUGGAGGCUGCAAGCAGUGGUACUAAGAUCUUCUGCUUCAUUCGGUCGAUGCACGUUACUUAUUGAUAAAAGACCUCGGUUAAGAGCCGCAGUUACGCUGUCAUGUCUUGUCCUGCUCAGGGCAUUUUGCUGGAGAAGGCUAAUAUUUCAUCUGCUCCUAGCGUGCACGUUUUUAUGCUGAUAACAAGAGAAGAGUCAUAUGUCUCCUACUGCUCCAGUGGUUUUUCAUCCUUCCCCUAGCCAGCUUGGUUCAGGGAAUCUCUCUCUCUGUAUUUUGUCUUUGUUUCUUGGAGAUUAAGGGAGACACACUGCUGGUAAGGGACCUGCAAGCAAUAAUGGGUUACAUACUGGACAACUAUUAUAAUGUUUAAUUUUCCUAGCUAUUAAUGUCUACAUGAAGAGUCUGAACCCAGGUCACCUCCAGCACGGGAGCUGUAUCUGCACUUUGUUGGGAAGCUAUAACUCCUAGUUGAGCUGUACUUUACCUUUCAGUAGGGUUUGUUAGCCCUCUGGAGAAAUGUUUGCAUCUGAGGUUUGAUCCUCCAACACAACACACACAGAGGACAUGGAAACAAGUAGGACCCAUCCUGGGAGCAAAAACCCACCCCUGGAAGAGACUGUGACCAAAGGGACACCAUCACUGUUGUGCCUUCUCCAUGGCUACUCUUAUGAGAUGUGGUGGUUAGUAUUUUUAUUUUGUAGACUUGGAUUUUCUCAGCAUAGAACAACUAAUAAACUAUAACAAUAAAUUGUUUUGGGUAAUUGAAA